GUCAAUCUGUGAAUCUCGAUAAGCCGAUUCAAUUUCAAAUAUUGAAUGCCACAAAUAAGUUGCCAUCGGAACUUCCUGCACGCGUGUGGUGCACGGCUAGCUACGCAUACGUAGUCCUCGGGCAUGGCUCGGGUAUGGCUCGGUCUGCUCACAUAUAAGUGAGGUAACGACAUGCCUCCAUCUGAGAUGUCUCAGGUUCGAGUAAUCGAUAACGAUGGCAUUCUCGUUGAGUCCAUUGACACCACCAGGCCCCACACCUACUGGUUUACCACCAGUUGUGAUCACCGCUCCGUCCAGUUCCACAUUUACUAGUACAUCUGAUACCCAGUCCAGCACUACAAGCAGCUCUAACACAAGUUCCUCAAACUCGUCCCAGAAAGGGCUUAGCACUGGAGCGGGAGCUGGGCUAGCAGUUGGGAUAGUGUUUUUCUUGAUAUUAGCCGUACUGUUGUUCUAUAACUUGAAGAGACGAUAUCAGAGAGCUCAGGAGAAAGCCGAUGAUGAUUCUGCCUUUGUGAUGACGGAAGUUAGCCGAGACCUUCCACCUCAAACUGUUGUAUCCCGAGGGAGAAACCCUCUACCUCCAUCUCCACCCCGCCGGUUGGAUACUGCGUAUCCGGCUUCAGCUCAUAUCUCGAGUGCCGCUCCUUUAGGGUCCCAUCAGAAUCCAUACCCUGUAUCUGCUCAGAACCGCCACAGCACAUUGUCGCGGGCGACAGGCCCUCAGCGAAUAGCUAUGCAAGAUGUACCUGCUCUCCCAAAUCCUCACGACCCAUUUUCAGCACCCGCUCGCCUUCCAUCACACGAUUCUCGAGCACGUUCAAUACCCCAUAAUGCCUCGGCGAGUGCUGCAGUGAUGGCCAGCUUUGAUUUGCCAGCGGUCGGUACUUCACGCAACUCCCAGUCUGACUCCGAACGCCAGCUUUCGGCGCUUCAUGUAGAUAUGGCUCGACAUCAGAAGGAACUCGAACUCGAAUACAAGAACCGGAAUUUUGACCAGGCUCAAGAACUGCAGGAGCCUCCACCACAAUAUCCUUCUUGAGUGACAGAUUUGUAAAGCUCGUUGAUAAUCGAUUGAGGCCUCGGCAGCUAUGUAACUCGUUCCUAAGAGGUGCUCAAAGGGACUACGAGUUCUAGUCCUCUGUAGUUUCUAUUCUCCGGUAGUUCCAUGUUGCUGAUCAACUCAUACUCUGCUGAAGCUGCAGCGCUGAAGCUUAAGCUGGCGUCUCUCGUAGAUCACAUGAUGUAACGUUCGUCCCC